AGCUCUGACUGACAGCCUAAACCCUGGAUGGGGAGUGAUGGCUAUCUCAAACAAAAUUGCUGAGCAGACACAGCAGCAACCUCCACCCAGUCAGGUUUCUAAGCCAUUUUUAAGGCAGAAUCAGGACUAACACCAGGCAAUUAAAAGCAUCAGUGAUUUCCUCUCAGGAGAAGCUAAAUUGGAGACCCUUUGGAAUAUUAAUUUUCCUUAAAUACAGAACCUUCCCCAAAAGACAGAAUUUAUUUUAACCUGCAGCUCCAGUAUUUCUCAUCACAUAGCCCUGGAAAGUGGGACAAACAGCCUCAGGUUUUUGUAGCCCCACUUGUGCACGCCAAAGAAAAUGCAGAAUGAGUUAAAUUUGACUAGGAACUUGUGAGUAUCAACCAUGUUGUUCUGGUGAAAGCUUAGGAGCAAGGGUAGGUUUUCUAAUAUGUUUCUGGAUCUUUCUCAUUGCUGCCGGUGCUGCAGUUCUAAAACAUUCUUCAAAACUCUUUUCCCCAGCAAGGCUAAGCAAAUGUUGCCUAUAGGACCUUCCUGAUCUUGUCACUGUUCCUGCCUGGAAAGGGGGUGAAGUUCAGCAGCCUCACAUGGACAUUACCAGCCAUGGCUUUCCUCCCUGGGAACUCCUCCGAGUGCUCCAACUGCACCCACUCUGUGGAGCCUGUGAACAUUUCCAAGGCCAUCUUACUGGGUGUUAUUCUAGGGGGGCUGAUUGUUUUUGGGGUUUUAGGUAAUAUCCUGGUUAUCCUGUCCGUAGCCUGCCACAGACACCUCCAGAGUGUCACCCACUAUUACAUCAUCAACCUGGCUGUAGCUGACCUUCUCCUGACUUCUACCGUCCUGCCCUUCUCAGCUACCAUGGAGAUUUUGGGUUACUGGGUCUUUGGGAGGAUCUUCUGCAACAUCUGGGCAGCUGUUGAUGUGCUUUGCUGCACUGCUUCCAUCAUGAGCCUCUGCAUCAUCUCCAUUGACCGAUACAUCGGGGUUAGCUACCCACUGAGGUACCCCAGCAUAGUGACAGAGAGGAGGGGCCUCCUGGCCCUGCUGUGUGUCUGGGCACUGUCCCUGGUCAUCUCUAUUGGGCCCCUUUUUGGCUGGAAGGAGCCAGCCCCAGAGGAUGAGACUAUCUGCCAGAUCACCGAGGAGCCUGGCUACGUCUUGUUCUCAGCGCUGGGCUCCUUCUACCUCCCCUUGAUCAUCAUCCUGGUGAUGUACUGCCGGGUCUAUGUGGUGGCCAAAAGGGAAAACAAAGGGCUGACCUCUGGGCUGAAAACAGAGAAAUCCUAUUCCGAGGAGGUGACCCUCCGCAUCCACCGCAAAAACAUACAUGGUGCAAGCGGAUCUGCACCCAACCCCAAGAGCAAGCACCACUUCUCUGUGCGCCUGCUCAAGUUCUCCAGGGAAAAGAAAGCUGCCAAGACCCUGGGAAUAGUUGUGGGAUGCUUCGUUCUCUGCUGGCUCCCAUUUUUUGUAGUAAUGCCUCUUGGCUCUUUCUUUCCUGCAAUCAAACCCCCGGACACACUUUUUAAAAUAACAUUUUGGCUGGGUUAUUUAAACAGCUGCAUCAACCCCAUCAUCUAUCCAUGCUCAAGUCAAGAGUUCAAGAAAGCGUUCCAUAACGUCCUGAGAGCUCAGUGCCUCCUGAGGAAGCAGCCAGCAAUGAAGCAAACCCCCAGCUUCAACCUCAACCAUCCUGCAGGCCAGAGCAUGGAGAGUGGCAAAGGGGUGGUCCGGAUCCCUGUGGGAUCAGGAGAAACUUUCUACAAGAUUUCCAAGUCAGACGGGGUCUGCGAGUGGAAGAUCUUCUCCGCCGUGCAGGGCGUGCCCACCAAAAAUGCCAUUUCCAAAGACUGCACAGGUGCCAAAGCCAAGAGCAAAGGGUUCCUGCAGGAAUGCUGCUGUGCAGGCACUUCAGGGAGUCUCGUCCAUGAGAACUGCAAAGUGCCGACCAUUAAAAUCCACUCAAUCUCCCUGAGUGAGAGUGGGGAGGAUGUAUAACCGGCUGGGUGCACCAGGUUGGAAGCUUGGGGGCCUCAUGGGAUGUCACUCUUUUUAUGGGGAAGUAGGAAUAGGCAUGACAGUUGAAAGGAUCCAGGUAUGAACAAGUGAAACAGGGCCAAAUCUUUAGAGGAAGGAUGUCUGUGAGUGCUGGGUGCAUGAAUGGAGCCCCUCAAAGAUAGUGCAUGGCUUCAGUGGAUGUUAUUCUGAGAGUCCAGCAUCUGCCAGGCGUUUCCUUGGCAUUUAAAAGCGUUAUCCCUUUAUUCUCCUCCUUUAAAGGUCACACCGCUCUCAUUUAGGGGCAGUGGAGGAGAAAGUGAGAACCACAAAGACCCUGUGCUGAUUUCAGCCUUGACACUCUGUGGCAGCUCCACCUUCAGAGCCAUUUUGUGAUUCCACCCCUCCCCAUAAAGCCAAACCUCACCUGUGGAUUUCAGUCAACUCCAUUGACAAGGAAAACUUGAUCCAAGUGACUGCACUCCACUAAGCUUCAGAGACCAAGGAGAACUUUUCCUUUUUGUCCUUAUCAGCCUCCCUAAUCUCCAUACCACACCAAACAAAAAUUUGCAUGUGUACUUGGUUUGUUCAGGUGAUCCCUGUGCCUCAAUGCAGGUCUAAUAAAACUCAGAACUAGGUAAGUCCUUAUCAAACAAGGCUCAAAGAACUCAUUUGCAUUCAUCCUUUUGUUUUUCAUCUUCUGAGUCCAUCAGGAACCUGCUGAAAGGCUCAGUAAUUCUUUGCUUGGGUUCUCAAUAGCCAGAUCAGUGCCACAGUCACUGGAAAAACUACA